GGAGGAUCUGAGGAACAGAGCAGAUAAAGAUACUGUAAUUUUGAUAUACAAUAUAUACGAGAGAAAAAGAAAAAAAAAAAGAGGAUUUGAGAGACGGAAUACAUCGAAUCAAGAAAACCAAAAUUUGAGAUCACGAAACAUCUGUGACCACUUUUGAUUUUAUUUUUUUGUGAUUCCUUCCCUUAAACACACCCUCAACCCCCACUUGUUCAAAAUCUUUUCUUCAUAUUCCCAAGAAAUUCCAAGAAUCUUUCUUUUCCUUUCAACCCCCACUUUAAAUACCCACCAAUUACAUUGCUUUUUCUUUACACUUAAAUUCUUUAUUCUUCCUUCUUUCUUGCAUGUUCUUCUUCUUCUAGCAUCUCUUAUCCUUAAUAUUGUCAAGUGACAUAUUUGUGUGUUUUACUAAGUGGGGUGAAAAAAAGAAUGGAUUUUUAUUCUUCGUCUUCGACAAAUUCAAGGGGGAUAGGGGAACCUUGUCCUGCUGAUGAACCACAUGUUCUAGCUGUUGAUGACAACCUUGUUGAUCGUAAACUUGUUGAGAGAUUACUCAAGAAAUCCUCUUGCAAAGUGACAACAGCAGAAAAUGGUUUGAGGGCCUUGGAGUACUUGGGUUUGGGAUCUGAUCAGAAGCACUCUACAACUGGCAAUGGUUCAAAGGUUAAUAUGAUAAUAACAGAUUAUUGCAUGCCAGGAAUGACUGGUUAUGAGCUGCUUAAGAAAAUCAAGGAAUCCUCGAUCUUGAAGGAUGUACCAGUCGUGAUUAUGUCAUCUGAGAACAUCCCGACUCGAAUUGAUCAAUGCAUGGAAGAAGGGGCUCAGAUGUUCAUGCUGAAACCUCUCAAACACUCUGAUGUCAAGAGUUUACGAUGUCAACUAAUGCAAUGACAAUAAUAGAGUAAUAUUUUAUCUUCUAGAUGAAAUGAAGAGGAAAAAAAAGCUGUGAAAUAUUUUGCAUAAGAGGGAUGAUUAUGAGAGUUCUCAGACUGAUAAUGUUUGAUUGCGGUAUGCAUGAUAUACAAAGAAUUAAUCCCUGUUUUCACAAGGCACAAA